AUGGGUGAGCGCCGGGACCUACAUGAACGGUUGCUCAAUCUCCCUCGCGACACUUUCUUCGUCUUUUCGCUCGUCGCGGCACAUCACGGGGAGGAUAACUACCUGCUGAUCAUCAGCGUCGACACAACUCUCAACGCACACGGCACGGAGAGCGCAACAUGCCUGAAGCGGCCCGUCAUGCCAUGGGCUUGCUUCCUACUUCAGUUGCGCAGAGUAACCCUGCUCCCGGCAACGGGGGCGCCGGCCAGACAACCGGUUUGGGGUCUUCACUCCACAGAGUCGACGGGUCUGCCCCCUGUCGACUCUACUUUACUUACGGACUAA